AGAAAAGGAAUUUGGGCUCCGAAACGGGGCCCAUAUAUGAUGAGUCUAAAAUUGGACCACUGACCGUGCAUGCAUGCAAGAAAGAUGAAGGAAAGUGGUCAUCCUCUGAGGCGCCACUCGUUUGCGUGUUUGGCCUUUCAUGUGAUACGUGGGUUUUUUUAACCUUUUUGGGGUUUUCCGUUUUCCUGAUAUAAAACAGAUACUCCUCCUGUGGAAUGCAGUCAAUCCGUCACAGCUUUCCUUAGCAUUUGUGGUGGUGGGUUAGGUUUUGGAUUCUUUGAUUGUUUGGUACAGAUUUCUACAACUCACAAAUCAAUUGUGCUUUGCAAAAUCUGGGUUGGUUUUGGAUUUUUGGCUUGCAAAUCUAUCUCUCUCCAUUGAAUCUGAGGAAUUCAACUUGGGAUUUUUGUUGGGUCUUGCAAGUGUUUGGUUGGUUUUCGGUUCUUUCUAAUUUGGGUCUGAAAGUGUGAGGGUUUUGUUUCCAGUUCUGCGAGAUUUCUCUGUUCUUUUUUUUACUUAUCUAGCAUUUUCCUUGUAAGAGGGCUAAUUAAAGAUGAAUUGCAAUGGAAUGACCGCCUCAAGAAUGGAAUCAGGAACAGAAAUUAUUAAUCUUACCCUACGAGAAAAAAUGGUGAACAGAACGGUGGAUCUCCGGUCUGACACAGUGACCAAACCAACAGAAUCUAUGCGGAUUGCAAUGGCCAAUGCUGAAGUUGAUGAUGAUGUACUGGGUCAUGACCCGACGGCCUUUCGCCUUGAAAUGGAGGUGGCGAGAAUUAUGGGAAAAGAAGCAGGCCUUUUCGUUCCCUCUGGCACUAUGGGUAACCUAAUUAGCGUGCUUGUUCAUUGUGAGAUUAGGGGUAGCGAAGUCAUUCUUGGUGACAAUUCUCAUAUUCACAUAUUCGAAAAUGGAGGCAUUUCAACAAUUGGAGGUGUUCAUCCAAGGACGGUAAAAAAUAACCAAGAUGGGUCGAUGGAUAUUGAUCUCAUUGAAGCUGCCAUUAGAGACGGUAAAAUGGACAUAUGCUAUCCCACUACCAGGCUUAUCUGCUUGGAAAAUACUCAUGCAAACUCUGGUGGUAGAUGCCUUCCAGUAGAGUAUAUAGACAAAGUUGGAGAACUAGCAACAAAGUACGGGCUGAAGCUUCACAUUGACGGUGCCCGUAUAUUUCACGCAUCAGUGGCACUUGGAGUUCCUGUUCACAGGCUUGUGCAAGCUGCUGAUUCAGUUUCGGUCUGUCUAUCUAAAGGUCUGGGUGCUCCGGUGGGAACUGUCAUUGUUGGUUCAAAAGGCUUUAUCGCAAGGGCAAAGACUCUCAGGAAGACCUUAGGUGGUGGGAUGAGACAAGUCGGCGUCUUGUGUGCCGCUGCUUUAGUUGGACUGCAAGAGAAUGUUGCAAAGCUUGAGCGUGAUCACAAAAAUGCCAAGACUUUAGCCGAGGGACUUAAUAAAAUCAAAGGACUAAAGGUGGAUGUUGCUUCAGUGGAGACUAACAUAGUAUAUUUUGAUAUUUUAAAGAGUGCGUAUGUCUCAACUGAAAAACUCAGCAAGAAUUUGGAAGAACGCGGCAUACUUGUGAUGUCAUUGAACUCAUCCAGGGUUCGGCUUGUAGUCCACCAUCAAAUUUCAACGACUGAUGUGCAAUACACCUUGUCAUGCAUUAAGGAAGCCAUGACUGGAGUCCCAGAUGAAAAUGGUUGCAAGUGAGAUUGUAACUUAUUCUUUCUUAUCAUUUCAAUCUCUAGUAAAGAUGUUCAAGCUUUCAGUGAUAUUCUCUCCGUUAAACAGUCGUAAACUUGAUUAUAAGCUUCCAAAUGUCGGUGGAUUGAGAAGCCAUUGAUUGAAAUUCGGGUUUUUUUCGUGAAGCCUAUAUUGUACGUGUGUUUGGUACGUUGCAUGUUUGGGAAAUCAAGAGGGGAGGAUUUUUUUUCUUUGAAUUUA